AUGCUCUCCUUGCUCCUCGCCCUGCUCGCGGCCCCUGUCGCCGGCAACAUGCUCCACAGAUACAGGAGUGACAAGUUGUUCAAGAGGACCUGCCACAAAUUCUGUGCCCAAGCCCUCCUGUCCGACCACGCGCACCCGUGGCCCCUCAACGAGCGGCCGUGGGAAUUCGCACCGCGCAUCGUUCGCGAAGCCUGCUGGCGGUCCGAGAGUGCCUGCUGGGUGCCCGGCUACAAGGUGCCAGCCAUGCUGCACCUGGGAGGCCCCGGCGACUCGCCCGAGUGGCGCAACAUGACGGUCACCGUCGAGGGCGUCUUUGACCCUUCGGACGAGAGGAGAACGAAGGGGAGCAUGCUGGAAAUGAUGACGUUGCUGCUGAAGGCGCAGCAUGUUGAGCGCUUUACCAAGUAUCUCAAACCCGGCAUCGUCCGUACGGCCAACGGGACGGGCAUGGUGCACGCUGACGAAAGCAUCGUCGCAGACCGGCUUGCGAUAUACUCGACACCGCAGUCCUUCGGCGUCACCAUUGGCCGCCACGGCAAAGAUGAGCCCGGUCACAGCUGGCUGUCCGUCCAGCUCAACACAGACUUGAACAGCAUCCCAAUGGAGGGCCUGUGCGCUCGCUUCAUCGACACCCCGUCCAUCAAAAUCUUGGUCCGCACCCUUCGCAGGCGCAGCGAAAUGAGUCGUUGCCAACUCGGCUACGUCGAAUGCCUGCACCGGGCUGAGCUGGGAAAGCCCGAUUUGUCUCGAGAAGAGUACGUCAGCCCGGCGAUCAAGAUACUUCUUGCCGAGGAGCUGGAAAGGAUGGCCGGAAGGAAGCUGGCUUCUUUCCAUGAAGCAGAGCCCGAGGAACCGGCGAUGCAACGAGACGAGCACGGUCCAGGAUCAUCUCACAAUGUAACAUAG